AUGAAAUCUAAGAAUGGACGGAAGUCCUUAACCUCCACUUUUGGAAACAUCAUCAGGCUCUGGUUUCUCUUAGCACUCUUUAUAUUAUUAGCUAUGCUCUGGAAGCAAGGCAAAAAGAGUUGCAAAUGCUCCCGAAUGUCAGCAUCCAUGGUUACAGAAAGAAAGAAGAUAAUAAUCCCAGAGUAUCCUUUUUGGAAGAAAUCAGAGAAUCUAAGCAUCAGUGUACUGGAAAGUGCUUGGGGUCCUUUACCCAUUACAUACCAAUAUCUUGUUGGAUCCCCUUCCUCUAAAAUGAAGUUCAUGAGUAUUGGAAUCUCAUCGAUCUACAAAGAGAAGGAAUACCAUUUAUUGGCGACAGUUGAGUCCAUUUUCAAUCACUGCUCUCCAGAAGAACUGAAGAAAAUCCUCCUAGUGAUAUACCUUGCCAAUAAUGAUUCUGAGAUAAAUGUCGAAAUUGCUGAAGAAAUUAAAGCAGCGUUUAAUGAACAUAUCAAUGAAAAAAGGUUACUUGUUAUCCAAAGCUCUACAGCAAGUUAUCCUCCAUUAUGGAAUUCGAAGGAAGGACAUCGGGACAACAGGGAGGACAUUGGCUACGCAGCCAAACAAAAUGUGGACUAUGCUUAUUUAGUUAAUUUCUGUGCCAAUCUGUCCCACUAUUAUUUGAUGUUAGAAGAUGAUAUUGUUUGUGCUUCCAAUUUUGUAUCCAUCAUACAAAGUUACUUACAUGAUGCAAAGGCGCACUGGACCACAAUAGCAUUUUCCACACUGGGCUCCAUAGGGAAGCUGUAUCAUAAUGCUGAUCUUAUUAGGUUAGCCCGAUUCCUCUUGAUGUUCUACCAUGACAUGCCUGUAGACCACCUUCUUCAACUGUUCCAUAAGUCAAGGGCUCAAGAAUAUAUCAAUACCUUCCGGCCUUCCCUUUUCCAACACGUAGGGAGGGUUUCUUCAUUUCACAAUUUCGAAACUGAGAUCACUGAUCCCGAGUUUGAAGAAGAUUUGGGAGACUCGGGAGAUUUUCUUAGUGCUUCCUGUUUCACAAAUAUUCCCAUUGUUUUAAAUUAUCCACCGGAAAAUGUGUGCCCUCCUGAGAAAGGUGUCUUUUGGGGCAAGGAGGUGGAAGCAAAUAGCUUUUUCACCAUUGUUUUUGGGAAUCCAAUUAUUGUCCAGAAGAUUCGGAUUUACACAGGUUCAGCUGAAUAUUCGAAGGACAUCCUCUAUGAUGGCCAGGUUGAAGAGGGAAGACUCAAAGUUUAUUCAGAAGCGGGGCAAACGUGCAUGAUUUUCAGAGAAAUAGGAACAUUUAAGGAUGGGCGUUUUGAGUUGGAAGAUAAGCGAAGAAGCAAUGACAUAGAGUGCCUCCGAAUUCAAGUCAGAACAUCGCAAAAGCAAUGGCUGAGAAUAAGGAAAAUCAACAUUUGGGUGAAGAAGGAUUGA